AACCAUUCGAAAUCGGGCUGAAUAAACAACUCACUUAGCUCUUCGGUCGCCGUAAUGAUGAGUCCCGCGCCGCGAUUCCGAACAGGGGGACUUGGUGCUCUCUUACCCCCCUUCGACUGGAAAUCUCUAGCGAACGUCUUCUGUGGGUGCGUUCUCAUCAUCAUCAUGUUGUCGACAUUGAUGCCAGUCAGCUGGGGGAAAUUCAGCGUUCGAAUGGACUCAAGCGGAAGGCCCAUCCAGCGGAAAACGAAUCUCGUGACCAGGGAUCCGUGGAAGAAGCUCAUCGACUCCGGAUGCUUGAUUCUUAACGAAGAGCUCUUCUUCGCGCCAGACGAGAAAUGUCCUGCGGUCAUCAAGAGCGCCCUAGAGGAGGCGAAUUCAGUCUUCGAACGCUUCCGACUUUCCUGGCCGUGCUACCAGCUGAAGCAGUCUACACAUUCAGUGAAUUGUAGCGGAUAUAAGAGAUCGAUGGCAGAUAGAAAGAUUGAAGACGAAACCUGAUUACGACGCGCGAACGAAGCGACGGAUUCUUUAGAAUAGAUCGACAUGAUCAGGGAAAAGUUUCUCUGAUCCCGCGGUGUAUACUCAGAAAGCACACGGAAAUAUCAUCGGCACAGGUCGGUUGUCGAGACAGGAACCAGCCUCCGAGCUUCUCAUUCACCGUAGGGGAACCUCUUUCUCAGAUAUCGGGGUGCUUUCUGGUCGAGUAUCCAUGAAUCUAGACAGCCGAGGCGUUACCGAUUGUCGGGAACGUUUCAAUACCCCCGAUCAUGAGUUAAUUCGAGUCGAGUUUGUGCGUGCGACGCGUGGAACCCCCGCUCCCUAAAGUUAUAAAAUAAAUUAAUUGUGCU